AUGAUUGGUGAGGAGCCAAUCAAGUGGACUCCGCACCGCCGCUGACGCAGUCCGCGCCUCCCUGGCCAAAAUGGCUAAAAUUUCCCAAAAACCCCAAAGACGCUCCUAGCCAUUACUGCUCGCGCAGUCCGUUCCAACACACUGGUGCCGUCAUCGGACCUUCUAUGACGGCCUUGAUCGCUCGUCAUCAAGUCCUCAUGAGGAAAAAGACCGAUAUCUCUUCGAUGAGUGGUAGAGAUCUCUUACGCAGGGAUUACAAACAGUAUCAAGAAUCAGGGUGGAAAUAUGGUCUUUCGACCGUUCCUUUUGGGAUUAAAAGCAUGGCUCCAAAAGGAUCAAGCGCAGGGACGCGAAGGGUGGCAGGGGAUAGAACAGGACCUUUUAGGUUGGAUGAAGGAAAGGAACCUUUCCUUCGCGGCGAUUCUGACUUCCUUCUCCGAAUCCAAUGAGGAGAACCCGGAAGGGAAAGCGGUGCACGCGAGGGAAAUCGUACUUUAUGUUGGGGGGGAGGGGAACAAGGUUCAACGGUUGAGGGAGGUCUUGUUCUCGGCCUUGCAAGACGAUCAAGUGCUCAAGGUGGAGAAAUGGAAAGGAGGGGCUGUGAAGGGGCUGAAGGAUGAGCGGGGGUGGAGGGUUUGGUCACAGGGUGAGUUUCGCACUCUUGCCAAAUUGGCCGGUUGAUCAGCUUUUCAUUUUUGGGAUGAUUUACUGGACUGAUGCACCCCUUGUUCUCUUUAUGCCCUCUGUAGGCAACGCCAGAGCAACAAGAAAACAAGUGGCCCCCGUCACCCCGUCAUAA